AUGAAUAAGGUCCUUGAAGGUGGUCCUUGGCUUAUCAGGAAAGUCCCGUUAUUUCUCAAUGUUUGGACCCCGGCAGUAACACUUAGAAAGGAUGGGAUCAAAUCGGUCCCUGUGUGGGUUAAGUUUCACAAUGUGCCUAUUGCUGUCUACACGGAUGAUGGCCUGAGUCUUCUGGCAUCGAAGAUUGGGAUCCCGAAGAGGUUAGACAAUUACACUGCUGAUAUGUGUAUUGAUAAUUGGGGUAGGACAAGUUUUGCUCGUGCUAUGGUUGAAAUUUCAGCUGAUAAGGAAUUGAAAGAUUAUAUCGUUGUAGUCGUUCCUAAGUUGGUUGAAGAGGGGUAUGUUCUGGAGGAAGUCAAGGUUGAAUAUGAAUGGAGACCGAAAAGAUGUGCUACUUGCUGCCUUUUUGGCCAUGAUGUCUCGUCGUGUCCGAAGAUUGAACCGGAGCUGCAAAAAAAAGUUUCUAUUGAUCAGGAUGGAUUUGUGACUGACAAACGGAAAACGGCUAAACAUGUCUUUCCUCAGAAGAAACAAAAGGCUAAAUUUGUGUAUAAACAAAAAACUAAUCCGUCUGGGGCUGGUAUGAGUAAGGGUUUUAAUGGAGGUAACGGUACUCCUGGAGCUAGUACGUCUGGAACAAAAAAAGAUGAUGAGAUUAUUAAUAAGGGAGGCACGAGUACGGGUGUAAAUGGAGGUAAUGGUAAAAACAACAGCAAUAUAAAGAUUCAGAACUCGUUUGAGGCGCUUUCUAGUGCUGAUAAGUUGGAAGGGGUUCCUGAUGUGGACCUGACCUAUAAGAAUGAGCCGAUUCGAAGUCUGUAUGAUGAGGAAGGGGUUAUAGAUGAUCUUCAAACUGAAAUGUCCGACUUUAUGGCUGCGGAUAUGCAUUCAAAACCAGCUGAGGGGGCAAGCACUCCCGGUCUAAAGGGUGUUAAUGGGUAG